GUUUGGACAUCUAAGCGUGGCCCACAUCUUGCUGGAGAAUGGUGCUGAUCUCAAUGCACAGAAUAAGUUAGGAGCCAGUGUCCUCACAAUGGCCUCCAGAGGUGGCCAUGUUAGCAUGGUGAAAUUAUUGCUGGAAUCUGGAGCUUUUGUAGACAAUUACGACCAUUUUAGCACAAAGGUACUUAACAGCAACAGAGAUGACCUUCCAGAUAUCACUCCACUAAUGGCAGCGGCUCAGCACGGACAUGAGGCAGUGGUACACCUCUUAUUAGACUGGGGAGCUGAUUGCAAUUACACUGUGAAGACUAUGGGCUGGAGUCCUUUAAUGCUGGCAGCUGUUAGUGGAAAGGUGAGUUUGGCACAGCAGCUCAUGGAGAAAGGUGCCAAUCCUGAUCACCUGAAUGUACUACAUAAAACACCUUUUGAAAUCUCUGUUGGCUUCAAACACAAAGACAUGAAGGACUACCUGGAAUCUCUCACAACCAUCAGACCUCAGGCAGAUACAGAAAAGAGGCAACCUGAUGUCUUUCAUGCUUUGAAACUGGGAAACUUUCAACUGGUUAAAGAGAUUGUUGAUGAAGACCCAAGUCAGGUCAAUAUUAGCAAUGUUGAUGGUGCGUCUCCAUUAAUGAUUGCGGCUGUAACUGGACAGCUGCCCCUUGUUCAGCUCCUUGUGGAGAAAAAUGCUGAUAUUGACAAGCAAGAUAAUGUUCAUGGCUGGACAGCGUUAAUGCAGGCCACAUACCACGGAAACAAAAAUGUUGUAAAGUAUUUGUUAAAUCAAGGAGCUGACGUCAACCUUCGUGCAAAAAAUGGAUACACAGCUUUUGACCUGAUAAUGCUGCUGAAUGAUCCAGACACAGAGCUUGUAAGGUUACUGGCAUCAGCAUGCAUGCAAGUAGACAAAGACAAGAAUAAACUGAACAACAGGUCAUCUUUGCCUUCGUCCAGAAGUAGGCAAUCCUUAGAUGUCCCAAUGUUGCCAGAUGACAAAGGAGGUCUAAAGUCCUGGUGGAGCAGGAUGUCCAAUCGAUUCCGCAAGCUGAAGUUGACUCAGACAUUGCGCCAUGGAUUUCCUUCCAAUCAAUUUGUGCCUUUUCCAGAUGAACCUGAACCAUCAUUAAAUUCCACUAUAAAAGCAGUUUCACAGAGUGAUACAGACACCUCUGGGAACCUUGAUACUGCCACAGCUCGGAUCACAAAUGCCAAAGCUAUCGGUAUAAACACUGCAAAAGGAGGAAAGGAUGAUGAAUUAUUGACAACCAUGCUGAGAAGCAGUGCUCCGUUUACCAGGCUGCCCAGUGAUAAGCUGAAAGCAGUGAUUCCUCCUUUCUUACCACCCUCGAGUUUUGAGCUUUGGAAUUCUGACCGAACACGACUCAGCAAAGAUGGCAAAGCUGAACAGAUGAGAACUGCCUGGCCACAGAGAGCAAUCAAGCACGACUUUAACAGCAGUGGCAACUCUGAUAUAACAUCUGUUAGCAAAGGUACUAGACCAGUCAAAUUACCAACUUUUGCAAGAAGACCAGCAUCUCCUUCGAACUCCAACAACUUCAACCACUCUCCCCAUUCUUCUGGUGGAUCCAAUAACAUUGCUGGAAUCAACAGGCAUGGAGGAGAACUGCAUAACAGAUCGGGUGGCAGCGCAGAUAAUGUUCUGUCACAGAUUGCAGCCCAAAGAAGAAAAGCAGCAGGUUUACCAGAACAGAAGCCCAGCCAACAGCACAGUCCAGUCCACUCAACUCCUUCAUCCACUCUGUCUGAUUUGCAGUGUGCUCAGAUUGUUGGCAAUGGACAUGCUGUAAAGGUGCGGAGAAAUCAAAAACUGGAGAUGAACAAAAGACCUCCAUCUGGGACUUCAUCUACGUCUAAAAGCACAUCACCAACUCUCACACCUUCCCCAUCACCUUCCCCAUCUCCUAAGGUUCACAACGCAGAGUCUUCUCUCUCUUCUUCUCACAGACAGGCCAAAAGCAAUGGUUCCAGCAGUGGUACUAUUACAGAAGAUGGCAACCACUUGGACCAUCAGCAGCUUGUCCCUAUUCUGAGAACCAGUGAUGUGGAGAAUCAUGAAAGACGAAACCAUGUGAGAGUAAAAGGAGGCUCUGAAAACUUGGAAAAAGAUGAGCUGACUGGCAUCCUUAAAAAGUUGUCACUUGAGAAAUAUCAGCCUAUUUUUGAGGAACAAGAGGUAGAUAUGGAAGCUUUCCUUACACUUACUGAUGGUGAUCUGAAAGAGCUGGGAAUUAAAACUGAUGGAUCGAGACAGCAAAUUUUGGCAGCUAUUUCCGAACUGAAUGCAGGAAAGGGUCGAGAGAGACAGAUUUUACAAGAGACUAUACACAACUUCCACUCUUCCUUUGAGAGUAGUGUUAGUAACACACGACCGCCGGGUCAUUCCCAGUCACCUGGCUGCUCUCUAAAACCCCAAGAAGCUGUUUCUCCUAAGAGGUAGCUACUGGAACAAAAGAUUUAUUUUUUUUUCCUUAUGGUGAAGUUUGGCAUCUGAC